CCACGCAAACACAUAUAUAUCAUAUAUAAUAUUGCGUCUCACGUUAAUUAGCACGCAAUUGUGUGCGUGGUGAUUGGUACGGUGCAAACGAUAAGACAUAGCACCGCAACGGACAGUCGUUACAAGACGCCUCACGCUCAAAUGUCUCCGUGGCCUGAAUUGUGACGGUAUAUUCGUAGAAAAAAAGUCGUAAGACUACGUAAAAUCCUCAAGCACUGAGGACAAGAAUGGCGUAUGGAAAACUGCACGUACUACCGUUGAGUCUCUUCAUCUUAAUCCUCGUGACGUUUGUGAUUACAUACACUAUAUCGGUGCAAUGGGAUCAUGUGGUGCCAGGGUUCCCUUAUAUAUCGGAGACCGGCGCAUUCUCACCAGAAUCCUGCAUAUUCACGCAAUGCUUGAAUAUUGCAGCUCUUUUACUCGGAUGCUGCAUUUACAUCAGGCAUCGACAAGUAUUGCAAUGGCAUACAGAAAGAGGCUUCGAUCUCGUAAACAAAAGAGUUAUCGUUGCAGCAACAUGCUGCGGUAUCCUCGCUUGCUUCGGUCUCGAUAUACUCGCCAAUUUUCAAGAUACCCGCGUAGCCGCCGCUCAUAUGAUGGGAGCGAUAAUUUGCUUCUUAGCCGGCACGCUCUAUUUCUGUCUUCAGACAUAUCUGAGCUAUAAGAUGGUUCCAGUUGUGAAUGGCAUAAGUAUCGUUUAUUUGCGUGCAAUUCUCUCGGCUCUAACAUUGAUUUUGACGAUCGCUGUGUUUGUUACUGGCCAUAUCUCAGUAUCUGAAUUUCAAGAUUUUUCAAAAAUUUCAAAUAAUCAAAAUUUUACGUAUGGAGCAGGUAACAAUUAUAGGAAAUGGCUACCAGCGGAUGGUGGUUGGGGUUGGCACGUCGCAAGUACUACAUGCGAAUGGGUUCUCGCAAUCGUCUAUUGCACGUUUCUUCUUACCUUCGUUUCAGAAUUUCGAUUAAUUAACUUUGAAGUCCCCGUUGUUACGCUAAUAUAUUUGGAUAAAAUCAAGAACACAGCAGCCUCAGACAAAGCGGAAGCAGGCACACCACAAGACACGGAAUAUAAAGAAAAAUAGAACAAUGAUUAAUUGUAUUAUGAAGAACUAAAAAAAUCGAUAUAAAUCUACGCUUAUUCUACGAUCAUGAAGAAAUGUCACACAGAAGAUAUGUUAUUUAAGAAUAUAGAUCUAUGUAUAAUACUGCUAGAAAUAAGAAAAAAAUAACAUUGUCAAAUAUUGAAUUACAAAUCACAGUCAAAAGCUCAUAAAUUGAAGGAAACUUUAGUUCUUCAUCGUAAUAUCUAUAGUUCAAUGCUACUGUUGUUGGCAAGAAAUGACGUGAAAUUCAGAAUAAAUGAUAGACUUUCUGUA